UUUCCGAGCGAGCCUUUAUGACCCACCACGAGAACUGUAACGUCCAGUUGUCUCGUGUUUACCUAGCAUUGGACUGCUUUUUUCUAACCGCGGAUUAUUUUCUAGUGUUAAAAAGUUGGUCAGAUACUUGUUCUCUGUCUGCUUCUAAUUCUUUGGAUUUUUGCGCACACCAGUUACAGAAAGUUAUUUGAAACAAAAUAAUGUCUGAACAAAAUUCUGAAACCCAUGCCGCACAUGGACACCAACGGCGUAAUCUCAUGGACCUGACUGAACGAGCUCGAGAUCAUGGGCAUCCUUAUCUACUUCAAGCAAGGCCCAAGGUCGUUCAUCCAAUAAGUCAAGGUGACCUUUCAAGCCCGAGGAUCGUGCGUAAGUCAGAGCAAUCCAACGCUCUGUCAUUUACAGGUCAUUAUGCAGUAGGCCAAUAUUCAAACAGAGCCAGAGCUCGAGCUCAAGGGCAUCCUUACCUGAGUGGGGCUAGGCCCAAGGUCACUCAUCCAAUAAGUCAAGGUGACCUUUCAAGUCCGAGGAUCGUGCGUAAGUCAGAGCAAUCCAACGCUCUGUCAUUUACAGGUCAUCAUGCAGCAGGCCUAUAUUCAAACGUUCAAACAUGUCCCAAGACUUCAGCAUCAAAUCCCUACGAACUUUGUUUUCAAACAUCUUCUCCGUCUUACACGUUGGGUGGAAACGGUUAUCUACCACAGACGUCUGCCUCUCAACCUGAGCCGCUGACCACGCAUCCUGCUAAUCGCAACGACCCUGACAAAGUUGCAUGUUUGUGCACAUGCACAUGUGGAGUGCCCCAGAUGCCGCCAUCAGCACCCCUGAGUGCGCAUCAUGCAUUUGUUUCUCAUUUAUCUGCUAUGCAGUUAGCAUUGAACGAGUCUCAAGCACGACAGGUUAUACCUCAAUCGAUUUGGCGUCUACCACCGGCAUCUUUAUCUCUAGUUCGGACUUCAGUACAUUGGGGAAUGCCUCGUUUAGAAGCAGGGGCGUACCUGUCUCAAGUUCCCCAGGCUCUGUAUGAAUCAGUCCGCACCCCAAGUCCUCUAUUCCCACAUUUUUCUUACGCCGCUCAGCUCUCGCCUUUAGAUCUGUCUCCAUCAGCUUCAAGCUUACACCAAACAGAAGAAGGUAGAAGUUCAUCUCAGUCAUCAAGGAAUUGGCCUCAAUCACCUAACAAUGAUGGCGAUGAUGAAUGGACUCUGUCGGACAUUAACGAGGAUGAUUCAUCAGAGAAGAACUUGAUCAUAGAUACGUCAUAUGAAGAGCCAUCGGAACAGGAAUCCAGACAAAGUGACAUCGCUGAAGAAGAUGAAGAGCCAUCGGAACAGGAAUCCAGACUCAGUGACAUCGCUGAAGAAGAUGAAGAGCCAUCGGAACAGGACUCCAGACUCAGUGACAUCGCUGAAGAGGAUGAAGAGCCAUCGGAACAGGAAUCCAGACUCAGUGACAUCGCUGAAGAGGAUGAAGAGCCAUCGGAACAGGAAUCCAGACUCAGUGACAUCGCUGAAGAAGAUGAAGAGCCAUCGGAACAGGACUCCAGACUCAGUGACAUCGCUGAAGAAGAUGAAGAGCCAUCGGAACAGGACUCCAGACUCAGUGACAUCGCUGAAGAAGAUGAAGAGCCAUCGGAACAGGACUCCAGACUCAGUGACAUCGCUGAAGAGGAUGUCAACUAAAAACAGAUCCUUACAUUGUAAAACGUGAUCUUGGAAACAGCGAGAAGAUUUAUUUGUAAAUUGUAUUAUUCAAAAAUUAAAAACGAAUUAAUUAAAAAAAAAACAUGUCCCUUAGAA